UUCAGUCACACAGUGAGAAAGAGAGCGAGAGACAGGAGCCGGCUCUGCGCGCAGCGAGCUUUUCUCAGGCUGCUCAGACAGGCGGCAGCAGACGGAGAGAGGGGGGAGAGGGCGGACAAGAGAGAGGGAGAGGGCCGAAGUGUGAAAAAAAGAAUUAUUGUGAGAUCAGGCUGGAACACACACAGGCCCCUGGAGACUGGAUCACAGCGGCGAAAACAGGAGGGAAUACAAAUCUGUACUGGGGUCUGCUCCAGUUCAAGCCUUCUGGAGGGGUAUCUUGGACUUGCCAUGACACAUUACAGGACCCUCGGGGGUGCCACCGUGCCCUUGCCCCGUGCCAGCCUGUUUCUCUUCUUUGGGGUGCUACUGACAUGCCCGCGCCAGGGCUCCGUUUUCAACCUGGACACCACGGAGACCUUGACAAAGGAGGGCGAAGCAGGCAGCUUUUUUGGGCUCUCUGUGGCACUCCAUCAGCAGCUCAGACCUGAACCACGGAGCUGGAUCCUGGUGGGGGCACCACAGGCCCGCGGGUUCCAGCCCCAGCAUGACGUUCGAACGGGGGCACUUUACCAGUGCCCGAUCACAGCCGAGGAGUGGGACUGCGUGCGAGUGGACAUCGAUAAAGGAGUGAGUCCGGAUCACGAGAGCAAGGCGAACCAGUGGCUGGGCGUGACCGUGAAGAGCCAGGGGAUAGGCGGGAAAGUGGUGACCUGCGCCCACCUGUACGAGCUGCGGCAGUGGGUGCGGCGGCAGCAGGAGACGCGGGACCCCAUCGGCCGCUGCUACAUGCUGAGCGAGGACCUCACGGAGCAGGACGACCUGGACGGCGGGGAGUGGAAGUUCUGCGAGGGGCGGCCCCAGGGCCACGAGCAGUUCGGCUACUGCCAGCAGGGCAUGUCCGCCAGCUUCACCCCGGAUAGGAACUACAUCCUGUUCGGGGCGCCGGGCACCUACAACUGGAAAGGUGAGCUGCGGGUUCAGCUCCUCAACCAGUCCAUGCUCUAUCUGGAUUUCUUUGACGAUGGGCCUUACGAGGUGGCAGAUGAGAAAAAACAAGACGAAAGUCUGAUCCCAGUGCCCUAUAACAGCUACCUGGGGUUCUCAGUAGACUCCUCCAAGGGCAUCACCAGCAAGUCAGAGCUGACCUUUGUGGCAGGGGCACCCCGUGCCAACCACACAGGCGCCGUGGUGCUGCUGCUCAAGGACAAUGUCUACCGGCUCGUGCCCAUGCACAUCCUGUGGGGCGAGGAGCUGGCAUCCUCCUUCGGGUACUCUGUUGCCGUGGCCGACCUGAACAGUGACGGAUGGGUGGACCUGAUAGUGGGGGCCCCCAACUACUUUGACCGGAAGGCAGAAAUCGGGGGCGCAGUGUACGUGUACCUCAACCCUGCUGGGCGCUGGGAAUGGGCCAGGCCAACGCGGCUCAACGGGACCUACAACUCCAUGUUCGGUCUGACCGUCAGCAGCGUGGGCGAUCUGGACCAAGAUGGCUAUGGAGAUAUUGCAGUUGGAGCCCCAUUUGAUGGCGAUGGCAAAGUGUUCAUCUACCGUGGGAGCUCCUCUGGCAUCAUCACCUCCCCUGCCCAGGUGUUGGACGGUGUGGGCGUAGGGGUCAGGCGUUUCGGAUACUCAAUUUCGGGGGGUCUGGACAUUGAUGGGAACUCUUACCCUGACCUAGCGGUGGGCUCCCUUGGGGAUCAGGUUGUCCUCUACAGGUCUCGCCCCGUGAUCCAUGUGGCCCGGCAGGUUACCAUCAAGCCCCAGAACAUCGACCUGGAGCAGAGCAACUGCAAGGGCAGAGAUGGGGUGUGCGUGGUGGUAGAGGCUUGCUUUGAGUAUAGGGCACAUCCUCGAACAUAUAGUCCACACAUCACUCUGGGAGUGCUGUUUGAGGCAGACACGGAACGCAGGAAGCUGGUGCUCCCUCACCGCGUCAACUUCCUGGAGCGCACGGGGGCAGAACCCGAGUACCAGCACUCGGUGGAGGUGGAUCUCCGGGGGCAGCUUCGCACCUCCUGCCAGAUGGCCACCUUCCAGCUGCAGCAGGACACCUUGCGAGACAAGCUGCGGCCCAUCUCCAUUUCCGUCACUCACUCCAUCAAGCGGGCGAGGCUCUCCAACGUGCCCUCUGGCCAGCUGGGGCCACUGCUGCCAGUGCUGAGUACCGCCAUGUCCAACACCCUGCAGACAGAGGUGAAUUUCCUGCGAGAGGGCUGUGGGGAGGACAAGAUCUGCCAAAGCAACCUGCAGCUCUCAUAUCGGUUCGGGACUCGGCCGGCCCCGGCGGACCCCUUCACCCCUCUGCCUCGGGAUGACGACGGCAUGCAAGUCUUCUCACUGUCGAACCAGAAGGCCGUGGCUUUGGAAGUCAAAGUCACCAACCUGCCCUCUGACCCCCGCCGCCCCCAGGACGACGGAGACGACGCCCACGCUGCCCAGCUGCUGGUGGCGCUGCCCGACACGCUGUCCUAUUCUGGGUUCCGCGGCCCGCAGGACAAGCAGCUGGUGUGCCAAGCCAAUCAGAACGGCUCCCAGGCAGAGUGCGAGCUGGGGAACCCACUGAAGAGAGGGGCGGAGCUGACCUUCUACCUGAUCCUGAGCACGUCAGGCAUCACCAUAGAAACCACCGACCUGUCCGUCACGCUACAGCUGGCCACUAUAAGCGAGCAGCCUGACCUGAAACCUAUGAAGGCCCGAGCAAAAGUAGUGAUAGAGCUCCCCCUGUCAGUCACUGGAGUGGCCCGACCCCACCAGCUCUUCUUCAGCGGGGCGGUGAGGGGUGAGAGCGCGAUGACGUCACUCGAGGACGUGGGCAGCCCGGUGGAGUACGAGUUCACAGUGACCAACCCAGGGCAGUCCUUACAGACACUCGGCUCUGCUUUCCUGAAUGUCAUGUGGCCUCACGAGCUGGCCAAUGGGAAGUGGCUGCUGUAUCCCACUAGCAUGCAGUUCAAGGGACACCCCAACACUCGCUGCACUGCUUCUGAACCCCUUGACGUCCUGGGGCUGAACCGUAACUCCCACUCCCAGGCUGCACAACACACGAGCUCUCACAGCAGGAAGGGGAGGUCCCAUCCAGAGGAGCAAGACAGGAUACUCACGCAGAGCAUCUUGGGUAGGACAACGCCAGCCGUAGCUGCUUCAGAGAGGAAGAAGUCACUGACGCUGGACUGCCUGCUAGGCUCAGCCCGCUGCAUGCUCAUCCAGUGCCCCCUGCACAGCUUCGCUGGCUCAGCCACAUUGAAGGUCCAGGCCCGUCUUUGGAACAGCACCUUCCUAGAGGAGUUCCCUUCAGUCAGUGAUCUGGAGUUGCUGGUCAGAGCGAAUAUCACGGUCAAGUCCACCAUCAAGCAUCUGAUGCUGAGGGACGCUGCCUCCGAGAUUCCAUUGAGGAUCUACCCAGAGCACGGGAUUUCGGAUCAGUACGGGAUCCCUUGGUGGAUCAUUCUGAUAGCAGUUCUGGCCGGGAUCCUGGUCUUGGCUCUGCUGGUGUGUCUGCUGUGGAAGUGUGGGUUCUUCAGGCGGGCUCAGUACAAAGACACGGUGCCGCAGUACCACGCAGUGAAGAUCCCGAGAGAGGACCGGCCGCAGUUCAAAGACGGGAAGACCGGCACCUUGCAAAAGAAAGAGUGGACCACACACUGGAGCGACGGGACCUCCUGAACCCCCCGACUGCAACACUACCCCCCCACCCCAUCCCCCGUGCACCCCCUGCAAACACGCACCCUCCACUAUACACUCAGACGGACUGGCCACGCGGGCCCAUCACAGUGCGGAGAGUGGGAGAGAAGACGACAGAGAGCUCUUCCCCCUCUACAACGCGCCACGCUCACGCGCUCCGAUUCGCCCUUGCCCACCCAGACUGCAAACGCUGGCGCCCGCAGAGCCGAUGACAGAGAAAACAGACUGAAAUGCAAACUCUUCUAAAACCCCUCUGCAACCCCUGCGAUAAGGAUGCUUACACACACAAGCAGCUCCGAUGCGCUGCAGAGGCCGAGUCCUGGACAGCCGAACCCUGCCAGGGUGCCUGGGUCCGAUCAGAGUGCCCAUACAAGCAGAGCUCUGGGGUGAUCGGCAAAACCACGACAAUCUCGGACCUACACACACCUCACACGCUGGAGCUAGAGGUGCAAAGCUGCCUGAACUGUACACGAAGAAAUUCCUUUUUAACCUCACCGCACUGGCAACAUAGCUGAUUUGCAGAAUGACACAGGUCUACAGUCAGCCCUGCUGGAACUGAAGGGGCAGAGUCCUUAGUUUGCGAUAGACUGAUCAGUUGUAUUGGUGUUGAAUGUGUCUAUCCAUAUCACAGGACCAGCACGCAGGCAUUGCAGGACAAGUUAAGUCAGCCUCCUAGACCUAUACUUAUACAAGUAAAGACCUUUCUUCACAGAUCACUGCUGUAAGGCAGUGGCUAAGACGUAGAAUCCUGCAGAACAUGAAUGCCAGCAGAAUCCCUGUGCAUGUUAGCAAACUCUGCACAAUAGAACAAGUCAAAUCAGCUCGUGCAAAACUUAAUUCAGCCUGUUACUGUAACACUCCUGGUCACCUUCGAUCUGAACAACGUGUGCUCUGAAAAUAUUAACCUUCAGCAUGAUGUGCAAAUUCUCCGGUGAACCAGAGCAGCUCUGCCAGAUUUCAAUGAGGGACAUGGAUAGUUAUUUCUGAGACACGUAGAGCAGGAUUAACACCUGUCCAGUGUUUAAACUUGGAUGUGUAUCUUAUUUGACCUCCUAAAAGCAGAUUGCUAUUAUUAAGCUUAGAGACAGGUUCUGAAAGACAGCUUUAAGGGAACCAUCAACAAUUCAUUUUUAUGUGAUAGCUUGUGUACUGUAUAUCAUAAAGCUCUCAGCUCCAGUCCCGAAGGGCUGCAUUCCUGCAGGUUUUCUAGAUCUUCUUUAAUUGCCCCUGUGGAAAAGCUGUUGCAUUGCUCCAGUUGAGUCAAAAAUUAGUUUGGUUAGAGCGUUAAACAUUAUACUUCAUUGAAAAGACAGGACUGGGUUUGGGAAUCCAUCUCUUAAAACUACCUUUUUCAACUUGUACAAUAUAGUUACUCAGUUUGUUGAGCUCUUUACCUGUCAAAAUGAAAUUGUUCACUACCUUUAGAACUUAGUCAUUAUUAGGGCCUUGCUGUGGCAACCUCUGUCUGUCCUCUGAGAGCUGUCAAGAGUAGAAGACUAUAUAGUAUUGUACGACACUGUGCAUGGGUUACACUGGACUCUUGGGAGCUCAGAAACAUCUGUAUCUGAGUGUAUCUUUAGAUGUUUUGCAGUGGGUGAUGCUGGUGUACAGACUGGUUACUUUGAAAGAAAAACUAAGGCUCUGUUGUAUUAUAGCAGAUAAUUAAAAUAGCAUCAGCAGGUUCCUCACAUAGCUUUUAGGUAAAGCAGAAGGAAACACUGUGACGGUUUUGUAAAUACUUGAUCAUUUAGAAAGUAAUUUCACAGUACGGAAGAGGUCAGGAUUGUGGGAACAUAGUAUAAAAGACAUCAUUCUUUUUUUCCUUUUUACUUAUAAGUGCCUUAUUGUUGGACUGGCCAAUUUAACACCUGAAAAUUGCUUCCUUUCAAGUUCCUUACUUGUCUUAAAUCUGAAAGAUGGUCAUACGGUUUGCAUUUCCUUUCGAUAUUCUGCCUUGCUCAUUGUGCAUUCUCUUUCAUCUCUUUUUCAUGUUUUUGCUUGUAUUGUGAUGAACUGGACUCAUGUAUACAACCUCGAGGACACUGAUUCACUCUCAGUUGCAUUUAAAAACCUUUUUAAGAGCCAUAGCUGACAAAAUAAGUCCAUUCAGGCAAUUUUAAUAGUGCCAGUAUUUGCAACUGUAAGGGUCCCAAUAAACAACUUGUAGGUUCUGAAAUGAGGACAGAGAGAAGUUAAAAGCUUUGAAAAAUGACCACAUUCUUGAGGGUUACUUAUUUUAUAGCCACUUUAAAAAUGCUGAACAUGUCCCACUCUGCUUCCCAAUGCCAGGCAGUUCUAUAGAUUAGACUCAUCAUCACAUCACUCAACUGUGUAAAAUUACAGGGGGCGCUUGACCUCCAGUCACAGCUCUGUUCUUCUGGAUUCGGUCAUUUACACUAGAAGAUGUUUUAGGCAGGGAAAAGGCCAAAACACAUGAACAAUCAGAAGUGAAGUUGGCUUCAAAGGAACGGAAGUGUCUACCCUACUUUCUAACAGUCAGAUUGUGAGCUCUUGUUGAGAACCUGUUUUUAUUUUGGGGGGUGGGGGUGGGGGGUCAUUUGUUUUUGCAGGAAUAAUUAACAAAGUGCACAACCUGAGCUGUAACACAGAAUAACAGUUAGUCAAUGCCCGGACUUGUCACGGAUGUCGGAAAGGACGAACCCUGGAAUGGCAGGAGAGUGAAAAUAGACCCUAUGCGUAGCGGCGAGAU